AACAACAGCAGCAGCAACAGCAGCAGCAGCAGCUUCUUCUUCCUCCUCUUCUUCUGCUGCUGUUGCUACUGGCCGUUUCAAACAGGGCGUCUUAGUUUGAUUAAAGUAUCGGAAACAGAAGCCUUUGGAUUAAACUGAUCUGAGAUGUAUUACUAUCGAUAUGCGAACACUGAGGUCAGCUGCUGCUACAAAUACCUCAUGUUCAGCUACAACAUCAUCUUCUGGCUGGCUGGAGUUGCCUUCAUUGCUGUCGGUUUCUGGGCCUGGAGUGAAAAGGGAGUCCUGUUGGACCUGACCAAGGUGACCCAGCUGCAUGGUUUCGACCCAGUGUGGUUGGUCCUGUUGGUCGGUGGAGUCACCUUCAUCCUGGGCUUCGCUGGCUGUGUGGGAGCUCUGAGAGAAAACAUCUGUCUGCUCAAGUUUUUUUCAGGUGUGAUUGGCUUCAUCUUCUUCCUGGAGCUGACAGCGGCGGUGCUGGCGGUAGUUUUUCAGAGUCAGGUCAGAGAAUGGAUCAACAAGUUCUUCCUGGCAAACGUCAAAGCGUACAGAGAUGACAUUGAUCUGCAGAACCUCAUCGACUCUCUGCAGAUGAUGAACCUCUGCUGUGGAGCUGAGGGACCGGACGAUUGGGAUCUGAACAUUUAUUUCAGCUGUAACGGAACUCAUCGGAGCAGAGAGAAGUGUGGAGUUCCUUUCUCCUGCUGCCGUACUGAUCCUGCUGACUCAGUGGUGAACACUCAGUGUGGAUACGACAUGAGAAACAGACCAAAGAAGGAGUGGAGUGAUUAUAUAUAUAUUAAAGGGUGUAUCGCAGCGUUGGAGGACUGGUUACCUGGAAAUCUCUACACUGUGGCCAUUGUCUUUAUUGUCAUCUCUCUGCUGCAGAUGGUGGGCAUCUACUUGGCCAGGACUCUGAUCUCUGACAUUGAGAAGGUCAAAUUCAGCUACUGAUGUCUACAUCUUCAGGGCAGAGCUUACACCUGCAGGGGGCGAGGCUUUACACCAGGUGUUACUGGACCAAGUUUCUACAGUCAGACACGUGCCUUCUUCUUCUUCUUCUUCUUCUGUCACUCUGUUGUAUCUUAACAUUAUCAGUUCAGUCUUGUGAUGAUGUUGUUGCUAUCGCAACUGAAAACAUGGUGAUCUGGUUUUGUUUGUUUGUUUACAUUGACUGAGAGAUGUUCGGAGCCCCUGAAGUCCUGAAAGAUUAUUUUUUUCCCGUCUGAAAAAUCCAUCUAAAAUCUUUGAGGACUUCUGACGUUCUGUUGAUGUUAUUUUUAUAUUUUGAUUUUCUGUCAGUGAGCGCUUCAUCAUGUAAGUGAUCUGUAGCUGAUCAGCACCAGACUGCCUUAAUUUUUCCUGCAAUUUAAGAAGUUUCGCACUGCCACUCUUCAUACUGCAAUUUAGGCCUUUUUCUACUGUUUUGAAUGUUUAUUGAACCAGUGUGACCUUCGACCUGAUUGGCUGUUUACAGUUCAGUCCUUACUGAUGAUUAUGAUGAUGAAAAAGUGUCAGUGAUUUUUAAAAUGGGAACCUGUCUCUAGUUUCUCUAGUAUCUCAGUUGAGGCGUAAACUGGGACAUUGAGAGAAGGAGGAGUCAGUGAUGUCAUCCAGGUGUGAUACAGCAGGGGAAGUCCCCCCCCCCCCCCGCUUUAUGAUCAUAGCUUUGUGUUGUUUAGGAAUGAUGCAAACAGCUGAUAUGAAUGUGUAUAAACACAUGCAUAAAAUUUUAUGUGGACGCUGAAUCUUUAGCCAAUCAGAGCACUACACAUGAAGAUGGCCCACCUCCAACACUAAAACUUAGCAUACUGCUAACGAUUAUUUUCAUUAUCAACUAAUCUUCUGAAUAUUUCUGUUAAUUGUGUAACUGUGACGGUGAAAGCUGUCCGUCUCAGUGUUUUAGAGCCCAGACUGAUGUCUGCAAAUGUUUUGUUUUGUCUUGACAAAAAAUAUUCACUUUACCAUAAUCAGCCACAUAUACAACAAAGAAUGGCAACAAAUUCUCAUGUGAACCUGGACACAUCAAGUGUUUGGUUGCUGACUAAUUUUCCGUCAGAUUAAUUGAUUGGUUGACUGACUGAUUUUGCCAUGUUUAGACCUACAACAAACAAACUGGAAAUGUGGAUUUGUCGAGCUCUCAUUGGUUAACUGAUAAAGGUUCAUUCGGGCUGUCACUGAGUCCUAAAUCCAGACUACAGACUCCCUGUACAAAUGUAGUGCAUAGUGUAUGAGUACUGCAUAUAGUAUCAGUAUGUAGUACAUAGUAGUACUGAACACUGGGAGUUAGACACCACAGAAGAAGAAUCAGACUUCAAACAGUUUGAAGAUAAACUCAUCUCAAAACACAAAUCAUUAAAAUCAUGGACAGUUCCUGUAAAAGGCUUCAGGUCAUGUGAUCACAUGUUGGAUUAAAUAUGAAGAUUGAGAACUUAAUUGACACUGGAUUCAUGUUAACAAGCUUUGGUCAAAUAGUGUUUUUUUAAGUUUUUUUAUGAAUAAAGAUUUCAGGAUGUUCAAGCUGAUCACAACAAAACAGAAAAUAUUCUGAAUUAUUGUAAAAUUUCAGCUUUAAUUCUUUUAUUGUUUUCUCUUUCUGAUGAUGAAUUAAUGAAUUAUACAUUUCAUUGCUUUUUAAAAAAAAACAGACUACUUUUAUUCAGAAGGGAUUCUGUUUUUUAUAAAGGUGAAUUUUUAUCUUUUUAUAUUCAACAAAAUAAAAAGAGUUUUGGUCUA